AUGGCGACACAAACGAGACCCAGUUCGGUCAAGAGCGAGCCACGCGAUGGAUCUUCUUCUCUUGCUUCCAGAGUCAAGAUCGAUCCGUCUUAUAAGGACAAGAAGAAGAUCACGAGCUCUAUCAGACCAAUCAUGUCGGAUACCAAACCCAGAUCCGCUGUUUCCACCGUCACGACCAAAUCCGAGGCAAAGCUCAAAACAGCGGUAAAUACGGUGAAAUCAACAGCAACAACAUCUGCUGCAGCGAGCUUGGCGAAAGGUAAAGUGAAAAGAGAGAAGAAGGUUUAUUCGUUACCCGGACAGAAAUAUGAUCCUCCUGAAGAGAGAGAGCCCUUGAGGAUAUUCUAUGAAUCAUUAUCGAAACAAAUACCAGGGAGCGAAAUGGCUGAGUUCUGGCUAAUGGAACAUGGUAUGUUGUCUCCGGAAAAGGCGAAGCGAGCCCAUGAGAAAAAGCUAAGAAAGAUGAAGCAGAUCCGAAUGGGAACACCGAUUAAACCGACACCAUCAUAUUCUAGUAAACCGGAGAGUUCUCAAAGACCAUCAUCUGCCUCCAAGAAUAACGGUUUAGAUGCGAGAAAGAAGAAGAAAGUCCUUGAUGAUGAUGACGAUGAUGAUGGCUUCAUCUUAAGCCACAAGAGAAGGAAAGUGUAA